AUGUCAAACUUUGGAGCAAGUGAAGAUGAAAUACAGGAGAAGCCUCGGUUUUCAUUAACCAAGGCAGUGGAGGAUGUCAGUCAACACGGCUAUGCCCAGACUGAGGCCCUGAAAGACAAACAGAAGACACUCAACUUCCUGCAGGCAACUCUUUCAGAGGUUGAGAAGAAAGGUGAGAUGAUGGAGCAGGAGCUGAGACCUACAGUGAGGGAAUUCCUAAUGCUGGAGGGCGAGAUGGAGCACCUGGAGCGACAGUCAAAAGUCCUGCAGGAUCGCUGUGCAUCCAUCAGCAAGGAAAACACAGAAGUCCAGUAUGGUAUAAGUGAGGAGGAGGUGAACGCUCAAGUUGCACUGGCAAGGUUCAACACUUACCGAAACAAGAUGGAGGGUCACAAAACAGCUGUUUUGCAUGCGGCGAGCCAGAGUGAGGCCCAUAAAGAGCUGGAGGAGAAGAGAGCGCUGGUCAGGAUGCUGAGACAGAAGAAAGAGGAGCUGAAGGCAGAUUUGGAGAAUCCAAAUGGAAACACAGUGCAGAUGGCGAAGAGUGAGAAUGAUACUCUGAAGCAGGAGAUCUCCGUGAUGAGCGAGACUAUAGCUGAGAAGAGAGAGAACGUGCGGAAAGAGCUUGAGACUCAUACCCAGAUAAAGAAAGACAUAGAGAUCCAGAACAGGCGCUAUGAAGCUAUCGUCAAGCGCCUCCACUGCCAACUGAGCCGAGCCCAGGCCGUCCACAGGCAGAUGUCUGAAGAUGUGUACCACAUGGAGAGACAGCUAGCGGAGCUCAAAGAGCAGCUGGGGUCAUCUCAGGACUCAGCGGUCAGUGGGCAUUAACCUGCAGGCUUGUUUACUGGAUCAACAUGCUUCAUGAUAUAUUGGAUGUUACUGUAGUUAUUAUGGGUCUGUUUGUUGUUGCUGUUGCUACAAUUGAACAGCUGGGGGCAGCAGCGUCAACUAAAUGUCUUU